CGGACCAAGCGGCUCAUGAAGGAGCUGCAGGACAUCAAGAAGCUGGGGGACAGCUUCAUCACCGUGGAGCUGGCCGAGGACAACCUGUUCGAGUGGACCGUGAAGCUGCACCAGGUGGACAAGGACUCGGCGCUGUGGCAGGACAUGAAGGAGACGCGCACCGAGUACAUCUCGCUGAGCAUCUCCUUCCCGGAGAACUUCCCCUUCUCGCCGCCCUUCAUGCGCGUGCUCGCGCCGCGCCUCGAGAACGGCUACGUGCUGGACGGCGGCGCGAUCUGCAUGGAGCUGCUGACCCCGCGCGGGUGGUCCAGCGCGUACACGGUGGAAGCCGUGAUGAGGCAGUUCGCGGCCAGCCUGGUUAAAGGCCAGGGCCGGAUCUGCAGGAAGGCCGGGAAAUCCAAGAAAGCUUUCAGUCGCAAAGAAGCAGAGGCAACGUUCAAAAGCCUGGUGAAAACCCACGAGAAGUACGGCUGGGUGUCGCCUCCCAUUUCUGACGGCUAA